CAAAACGUCAAAAGUUAAGUGAUCACAAAACCCUGUGCGUUCUGUUUGCCCUUUGGAGAAAAUGGCUGUGUUGAGCAUCUUGCGGUCCGCAAGGACUGUUCUCCCGGUUCUAACAAGAAGGCCAGCGCAAUUUGGACAGCUAUGCCCAGUGAGGAGGUCCUCCAAUCACAUGGUGAUCACGCCUUCAAGGUUUGCUUGGAACCUGUUCAAGGAUCACGUCCACUUUUAUGUUCUUCUGGGUGCCAUACCCCUGACCAUCAUUAUCACGUACAUCAACGUCGUCAUCGGGCCACCGAGACUCGCAGAAAUACCGGAAGGCUACGAACCCGAGUACUGGGAGUACUACGACCACCCUAUCAAGCGCUUCUUUGCUAAAUAUCUAAUGGACAACCCUCAGAUGAGGUACGAGAAGAAGAUGCAGGUAUUGCAAGACGAGCACGAGAAAGUUCAGCUGAGAGAGAUUCAGAGGAAGGUCGAGAAAUUGAUGCAAGAGCGCGGUGACUUCCAGGCGUGGUACUACAUACCAUAUGACAGCAAGUACACCAAGAAGUACCAGAAACAAACAAAGACCGAUGACUUCUACACCAAGACAAUUUAGUUGCCGAAUAUUUCUCAUUGGUACAAUCACCCCAAGACGAAAAAAUCGGCAGUGUACAGUAGAAAACAAUAAAAACUAAAACUUCUUCACAUUUUA